GCAAAGAAGUAAAGCAGAAAGAGGAAGAGGAAGAAGCUGACKGACUGCACAGAAAAGAGAAAGAAAUGGCUCUAAGAACCCGUGGAAGCAAAAUCUUCAUGACAGCUGUGUACAUGUUGACCAUGUGCAGGGCUGUUCCCAUCAAUGACCUGCUCAACCGAGCCUCACAGAGCUCAGACAAAAUGUACUCUCUCAGCACAGGGCUCACCCAGGACCUGGCCACUCAUAUUUCCCCAAUGAGCUGGCCAACUAUGGACCGCCCCGCACUGUGCCACACCUCCGUGCUGCCAACCCCCAAUGACAAAGAGCAAACUCUUCAAGUAUCUGAGUCAGCUUUGAUGUCUUUGGCACGCUCCCUGCUCCAAGCCUGGGCCGAGCCCCUGGGGAUCCUCUCCAAAAAUGCCAACACUCUGCCUCACCCUGCCAAGGACAGCAUUUCCAGCAAGAUCCAGGUGCUGCAGGAACACUCCAAAAACCUGGGAGAUGGCCUGGACAUCCUGUCUGGCAGAAUGGGUCCAGAAGCUCAGGUUGUCUCCAUUCUACCCUAUCACGGAGGCACCAUUCUGGGCCACGACCGGAAUUCCAAACUACAGAAGUUCAACUUUCUAUUAUCUUGCUUCCGCCGCGACUCGCACAAGAUUGACAGCUUUCUGAAGGUCCUACGCUGCCGUGCAGCAAAGAUGCAACCUGAGCUGUGUUAUUAAAGCCAGCAUGACCCUGUUUUGGGGGGGAUUACCUAAAGACUGUAUGCAUACUGUAACCCCUUUGUUUUAGAAAUCAUCCUCACAGCUAAUUAGUAAAAAUGUUUAGAAGAUGGGAGAUAAGGAGAAGUUUAGAUGGUGUGCUCCUUAAACAAAAUCACUAUUUGAUUUAUUUUAACAAUUACACCAAAACCUGACUUCCCAAAUAAAAAAAUAUAUAUAAAUUUA